AUGAGUCUAUCCAGAUUCAGACAUCUCCCUCGGGCAGCCCACGGGCCCGUCAAAUGCCCCUACCAGGGCGCCUCGCUGCUCACCAGCGCAACAUACAACAAAGGCUCCGCGCACCCCGAGAGCGAGCGCAAAGAAUUCAAACUACACGGCCUACUGCCACCAAACAUCCAGACUCUAGACGAGCAGGUCGACAGGGCAUACCAGCAGUACAAAAGCCGACCGAACGAUCUGGCCAAGAACACCUUCAUGGCCAGCAUGAAGGCCCAGAACCUGGUGCUGUACUACAAGCUGCUCCAGUCGCAUUUGAAAGAGAUGUUCAGUGUCAUUUAUACGCCGACCGAGGCGGAUGCUAUCGAGGAUUACUCUAGGUUGUUUCGCAAGCCUGAGGGGUGUUUUCUGAAUGUUCGCGACCAGGAUAGGAUUGAGGAGAGUCUGGAUAAUUUCUCCACGGGGGAUGAUAUCGACUAUAUCGUUGUGAGCGAUGGGGAGCAGAUUCUUGGGAUUGGAGACCAAGGGGUCGGUGCAGUUCUGAUAUCUGUCGCGAAGCUGGUCAUUACAACGGUCUGCGCUGGAAUCCAUCCAUCACGACAGCUUCCUAUUGUUUUGGACUGCGGGACUGACAAUGAUAAAUUGCUGAACGACGAUCUCUACCUGGGCCUGCGCCAACCGCGCACUCGCGGCGAAGAAUACGACCAGUUCAUUGACAAAUUCGUCCAGGCCGCAAGGAAGAAAUUCCCCAACGCAUAUAUACAUUUCGAGGACUUUGGUCUCCAAAACGCCAAACGCAUUCUCGACAAAUACCGCACCGAGAUACCCUGUUUCAACGACGAUAUCCAGGGAACAGGCUGCGUCACUCUUGCUGCCCUGAUGGCCGGGCUUCAUGUCAGUAAUGUCAAACUAAAGGAUGUCCGAGUCGUUUGUUUCGGUGCGGGAUCUGCUGGCACUGGCAUCGCCGAUCAAAUAAGCGACGCCAUUGCUACCGAAGCCGGGAUAGACAAGGGCGAAGCAAUGAAGCAGAUAUGGUGCAUCGACAAACAAGGCCUACUGCUGAAAUCCCAACAAGACGAACUCACCCCUAGUCAAGAAUACUUCGCGCGAAAAGACGGCGAAUGGCCGGAAGGCGAAAAGAUCGAUCUGCUCUCCGUGAUCAAGCGCGUCAAGCCACAUAUUCUCAUCGGCACCUCGACUAAACCCCGUGCCUUCACCGAGGAAAUCAUCCGCGAGAUGGCGAAACACGUCGACCGCCCGAUUAUAUUCCCCCUGAGCAAUCCGACCCGGCUGCACGAGGCGCAGCCACAGGAUAUCACCAAGUGGACGGAUGGCCGGGCCAUGAUCGCGACAGGAAGCCCAUUCCCUCCUGUUGAGUAUAACGGGACGAAGAAGGAGAUAGCGGAAUGCAACAAUUCAACGGCUUUCCCUGGCAUCGGCCUCGGAGUUGUGCUCUCACGGAGCCGCCGGCUCUCCGAGAAGAUGGUCGUCGCUGCGUCAAAAGCUCUAGCGGCCAAAGCCCCAGUUCUGAAAGACGUUAACAAACCACUUCUCCCUGAUGUCGAAGACGUACGGGAGCUCAGCUUGGACGUUGCCAAGGCUGUCAUCAAGACGGCGGUUGAGGAAGGACUUGCGCAGGAGCAAAUCCCGAGUGAUGAGAAUGAACUAGAGCAGUGGAUUCGCGUGCAGAUGUGGGAGGCGACAUAUCGGCCUCUUGAGAAGGCAGAGUAG